AUGAUGAAAUCUACAUUCUUUGCCGCUCUCUUGAUUGCCGUUAUGUUCGUUGCUUUAUCACACGGAUAUGCUAUCGAACGUCGUGCUGCUCUUGAAGCUGAUCUCAAACCUAAAAAUCCUGCUGCCGUUAAAAAUCUUAAAACUCUUGAAGCAGACGAUGCUCCAGUAGUAUCAGAUGGCAGCAAAAUGCAAUCUUUCACAUAA